GGGCCGGCUCUCGGGGCCGGACACUCCCAUUGUCGGUGCGGGGGGGAGGAGAGAUGAUGACGUCAGGAGCUGGGAGCGGAAUAGAAAAUCAGAGAGAGAUCGAUGUCAUCAUCACAUUCCACUGACUCAUCACCGGGAGAAGGAGCGAGAUCUACGGAGCCAGAGGGGGGACCGACCGACCCACAGACCGACCCACAGGCAGGGGGCCCGACUGACUCAUCACCCUGGAGCCUCAUCCCCGAUCUCCUCUGACUGGUUACAUUGUAUCUCAUCCCCGGGAUCCCCGAUCUUCUCACAUUGGGCACCCCGAAACCUGCUGAGCCGCUGCACCGACCUGGUCACGUUAUCCUCAUCCCCGGGACUCCUCAGUACAUCUCCCACCAGAGGAUCGGCACCGACACCCCGGGGAUUACAUUGUGUCUUCAUCCCCGGGACUCCUCUGAGGAUACAUUGUAUCAGACAUCUUCAUCCCCGGGAUUCCUCUGAGGAUACAUUGUAUGAGUGAUCUUCAUCCCCGGGACUCCUCUGAGGAUACAUUGUAUGAGUGAUCUUCAUCCCCGGGACUCCUCUGAGGAUACAUUGUAUCAGAGAUCUUCAUCCCCGGGACUCCUCUGAGGAUACAUUGUAUGAGUGAUCUUCAUCCCCGGGACUCCUCUGAGGAUACAUUGUAUGAGUGAUCUUCAUCCCCGGGACUCCUCUGAAGAUACAUUGUAUGAGUGAUCUUCAUCCCCGGGACUCCUCUGAGGAUACAUUGUAUGAGUGAUCUUCAUCCCCGGGACUCCUCUGAGGAUACAUUGUAUGAGUGAUCUUCAUCCCCGGGACUCCUCUGAGGAUACAUUGUAUCAGUGAUCUUCAUCCCCGGGAUUCCUCUGAGGAUACAUUGUAUCAGACAUCUUCAUCCCCGGGACUCCUCUGAGGAUACAUUGUAUCAGAGAUCUUCAUCCCCGGGACUCCUCUGAGGAUACAUUGUAUCAGUGAUCUUCAUCCCUCAGCUGAAUGGUCGUAUUGGAGAUCUGCCUCAUCCUCAUCCUCCGGACUCCUUAGCACCUCUGGAUGGUCCCAUUUUACCGGAGCUGAUUGGUUCCAAAGUACCGACCGGGAGCUGCGCCGCCUUCACCCGACACCGUCCCCAUAGUUCUCCCGACAGCGUUCUUGUCCCUGUACCCUCCCGGUGGUGCCCGGCUGCGUUGGCACUGAGGAUCGCCCCCUCCCCCGCGGAUCAUGUACCAGGACUACCCAGGGGGUUUCGACAGCUCGUCCCGCGGUAGCAGCAACUCUCCCGCCGGCCCCCCGGAGGGAUUCCCCGGAGCCCCCCUACCUACCUCCUUGCAACAGAAAUACCGGAACGAAAUGCCAGGUUCCAGCAGUGCCUUUAUCCCAACCAUCAACGCCAUCACCACGAGCCAGGACUUGCAGUGGAUGGUGCAGCCAACAGUCAUCACCUCCAUGUCCAACCCAUAUGGGCGACCGCACCCUUAUGGACACCACAUGCCAAACAUGACAUCGGUGGGCGGGCAUGCCACCCUCCAGCGACCCGGUGUCAUCAAGACCAUCGGCACCACUGUGGGCAGGAGGAGGAGGGAUGAGCAGGUAAGACAGCUGUCACCAGAGGAAGAGGAAAAGCGAAGGGUCCGGAGAGAAAGGAAUAAACUGGCGGCCGCAAAGUGUCGCAACAGGAGGCGAGAGUUAACGGACAAACUUCAGGCGGAAACGGAAAAACUGGAACACGAGAAGUCUGGACUGCAGAAAGAAAUCGCCGACCUGCAGAAGGAAAAAGACAAACUGGAGUUCAUGCUCGUCGCCCACUCGCCCAUGUGUAAGAUCCACCCGGAGGAGAGGACGAGCUCCGCCCACAUUUCCCACCCAGUCCGCACAUUGGUUGGCAACAGGGUAGUCGUCAAACAGGAACCGCUGGAAGAAGAUAUCGGCGUCGCCAUCAACAACAAGUCUCAGAGAUCUGUGAUUAAGCCAAUCAACAUCGGAGCAAACUUCUUCAACGAGGAGCCUCUCAACACGCCGGUGGUCAUGUCCACUACGCCUCCGAGCACUCCCAACACCGCCAAUCUCGUAUUCACCUACCCAAGUGUACUGGAUCAGGAAUCUUCAUCCUCUCCCACCGAGUCCUGCUCCAAAGCUCACCGCCGAAGCAGUAGCAGCGGUGACCAGUCUUCUGAUUCCUUGAACUCCCCGACCCUACUGGCCUUGUAACGAAGACUUUGGUGGUUCUCUCCUGCGUAUCAGUAGAUGUCUUGAGGGUAGACAGCUGGUGGCUGGAGCUUCCUAACCAUGGACAAUUUAAAAAAAUAAAAAAUGGUAUUGCAACUGGACCGCCCAUAGUUCAGAGGCUUCAGUGUAGCUUGGACGUGCUUGGGAUCCAAACGAAGGCCGGACGUUUCAUCCUUCACAAUAUCCGACUCCCACGUGGACCCAGGUGGGGGGUAAAUUAUUUCCAGCAGCUUGUUGACCCAAGCCAUUUCACUUACUCUUUACUGGUCAAAGAUUACUGUCUCUCUUCUUUUGUUCUUUUUUGUUCUUUUUUUGUUCUUUUUUUGUUCUGGGCACUUUAAGGGAAUAUCUAUUUUGAGGAUUUACUCUUCACUGGAUGAAGGUACAAAUGAUGUAUUUUAUUAUUAUUAUUAAUUUGUUUAAAAACUAGGUCUAAGACUUUAGCCAUGCUGUAAACUUAAAACAAAAAAGCCAUGGAAACUUUUUGGUUGCACCCAAUCACUACUGGAGAAAAAUUCCAUGCCAGCAAAGCUCACGCCACGCCAAAGACUGUUCCGGAACACCGCCGUUCUGGUAAACUCCGAAGAUUUUUUAAAGAGAAGGAUCGGAGAUUGGAAACGGUUAAAAAAAAAAAAAAACUUGGCAAUAUUACACGCCCUUGUGCCUUUCGGAUAAAAUAAGAGAAUUUCGAAUGAACGGUUGACAAUCUGUUUUUGGGGAAUCUGAAGUAUUGUUUUUGUUUUUAAAGGUCUUUAGUUUAGCACAGUUUUUUUUUUUUCGGGAGAGGGGGUUCGUGCGCCGCGCCCCCCCCCCCAAUCCUUCUGCCUGUUGGGGACCCGUACUCAACCUUCUCAGUUCAUUACAAACUUUUUGCAGUGUGAAAAAAAAAAUGUAAAUAAAAAAAAAAAGGGAGCUGGCAUCUUAAUUGCAAAAGAAGCGGUGAUCAUUUUUACGGGUUGUGUCGCCGGUGGGGGGCCCUUCGCCCGCGUUUUAUACCUUCUCUUUGUACUUGACGUCUCCUAAAGGCAAAGUGUCGAUUGCUGGAGUUUUUAUAAAGGAUGUAUUGGGGACACUUCUCCAUAGUUGG